AUGCGUGGCUCCCCUGGCGUGCGGUUGGAGCGACGACAGGCAGCAUUGCUUUUGGCGGUAGCGAGUACGAGUUACGGCCCGCCGGACAUUUACCGGAAUGUGCAUUUGCAACACAUAACGCCGAUCUCGGACGAAGGUCGGAAGGAGGUGCUGGAGAAGGUGUUAGCGGGGUUACCGUGGUACGCGCAGAAGUUGUACCCGGAAAUUCCGACUGCGCGUUGGCUGAAGGACCUGUGCCAGUGGGAUGGGCCUGCGGUGCAUGGUGCAUUGCGGAGACAGGUAUUGGCGAAGCAGAAGGUGACGCGCGCGAUAAAUGACAUUACCGAGGCGGUGCGUAGUCUGGCAAAUAAGGAAGCGGCGUACAUCUCCGCGGAGGCGGUGGAGGAGUUAGGGCGUAUACUCUGGACGGAGGUUGGCAAACAGUUGGGCGACAAGGCCACGCGUCUGCGGCUGCCGGGCGUGCGGGAGUGGCCUGAGAUCCAGUCGCGAAUUGAGCAGAAUUUGGCCGAGGCAUCGCGUGCCAACUGGACCAGAAUAGAAGACGACGGCGGCCGCAGAGGCCGGGACGCAGACGAGUUGGAUGCAGAAGAGGAGGAGGAGGUGGUGGAAUUCAUCAACGCACUUGUCGACGAGGGCGAUAACAUCGCGCGACGUCAGGAUCAGGGACUUCUCUCGCAAUACAACGAGCUGCUGCAGCAGACGGAUAGCACGGUCAGUCAGGCCAUGCAACAGUACGGUGCUGUAGCACGGAAGUUGAUAACUUUCCAGCAUAACCCUGGUCCGUCACUUUCAUUCCGCGCCCCCACUUUCGGGGCCACUUCCUUUGGCGGCAGUUCCUUUGGAGGCGCGGGGAGGCUCAUUCCGGCGCCCACUGCGGCGCUAGUGGGGGCUGUGAAUGACCACUUUCCGAUGCACAUCCAGCAGCAAAUUACGAAUGUAAACAACCCCUUUAGUUCGCUAUCACCUGAUGCCAUGACGAUGUGGGAGCAGCAGAUGCGAUUGAUGGAGCUACUCGGUCGCCCAGGUAGUCCGGGCGACGCGCGUAAUCGUCUGAACGAGGUGGGCCGAGUCAUGCGGAACAUAGAGAGGGAGUCGGCUAAGCUACUGCAGUUCCUCAACGAUGGCCGCCAUUUCGUCAUUGCAAUCCGAAAAGCGCUAGAGAACAAAAGUUUAUGGAAUGCGCAACGAGCGGAUGUACGUUGGGCCCGCGCUUGUUUGAUCUCUAGCCUCAACGAGUACAUGACUUCCAAUGUAGUGGACGGCCAUAAUAUGCGCCACGCCUUCGGUAGUCGCGCACUCCAAGGUACUGGCAGUCUCGACUUCGAAUAUCUCCGCAUGAUCCAGACAGCCAAACUCAUCGCACCCAAUCAGUACCGCUCCACCGUUCAAAGCUGGCUCGCCAAACCAGAUCUAACAAAAUACAUCGUCGAGGUAGCCGACGACAUCUCCACCGCACCCACCGCGGUCAGUGCCGCUGUACUCAAACGAGCCGGCUUCGAACACUUCGUUGUCAAAGGCGACCUCGCCCAUCGCGUGGAACCCAUUGUCAUGACCGAACGCGAUAUCCAGGACUGCGAGGUCGCCAGAAACCAUAUCCGAGACAGAGUCAAACCGCACGCAGCUGCCGAUACAACAGUCUCCAGGACGACAAUCAAAUCAAUCCUAAGGAAGUAA